AUGCAGGAGGAAUUCAUAAACGACGGAGUGAAGUUCGGACAUAAUUUUGAUGCCUUCACGGUUGCUGCUGUGAAUGUGGAGUUUAACGACAAGUUGUCGAUGGCCUCAUUGUUGGGUGGCCCAGGUGGUGAUCGAUCGUCACCUAAUGGCUACCACCAUCAUCAUCAUGGUCAUCAUCACACUCACCACCACCACCACCACCACCACCACCAACAGCAGUACGAGGACGCAACGGCGUACGAAAACCCCACUUCAGCAUACCGCACACACAACAUAUUCGAUGUAUCUGCCUCCAGCGCAUCGUCCACAGCUUCAUCAGCAUUCCCCACACACUUUUCCUCUUCCUCCACCACAACCAACAAUGGCGCAGGGAGUCAACCAAGUAGCUUACACGAAACAUAUCAACAACACCCAUCAUUCAACUCUACCCUCCCAGCGAUAAACAGCACGAUGCGAUACGACCCCCCCUCUCCUUCCUCCCCCCAACUCCCACCCGCAAACCCACCACCAUCAUCCUUCCAUCCCCACCACCUAACACGACACACCCCCUCUCCAGGAUCACGCUCCCGUUCCCAAUCUCGACCUCCGAGUUCUAGCUCUGCCCCGCCUCCGCCGGCGAAUGGGGCAGGGGGUGUAGGGCCUGCGAGGACUACGAGGGCUAGAAGGAAUAAUAGUAUUAGUGGGACUUCGCCGCCUCCUUUUGGUGUUCACCAUGCACAUGGACAUGGACAUGGGAGGCCACAUGCGAUUGUUAUUCCUGGGAGUCGGAUGGGUAGUUUGAGUGGGAUGGCGCAUGCUGGUAGUCCGUUGAGUACUUCUUCGAAUGGUGGGGGAGCAGGAGGGGCAGGGGCAGGGGCAGGGAAUGGGUGGUAUUUAGCUGGACAGAGUCAGAGCUCAGCUUCGGAGUACUCCCUCCCCACACCUAACGACCAUCAUCAACAAUACACCCCUUUCGUGCUUUCCUCUUCUCAGGAUAUGCAUCACCACCUCCCGCCUCUUCACCACCAUUCCCACCAUGCGCAUUCGCAUUCAUUGCCGAAGGCGUUGGACACGCAAGCCAUCAAUUUGAUGGCGCUCCCUUCUUACGAUCCUCUCCCACCACAAAAUCAAGCUCAAAAUCAAGUACAGCUCCCACCACCCUCCCAUCCUCCUCCUUCCCACCCCGCUCCUUCCGCACAACAACAGAAAGGAGGACAACAACAGCAGCAAGUAGGCGACAAACAAGCCCUACUAGCCAACGAGAAAAGAAGGAGGAGGCGGGAGAGCCAUAAUGCUGUUGAGCGACGACAGAGGGAUAAUAUUAAUGAGAAGAUUAGUGAGCUUGCUACGUUGAUUCCGGAGUGUAUGUUGGAUGUUGGCGGUCCAAACAGAAACGCCUCUUCCCCAUCCGCUGCCUCCCCAAGUGGGGGAGGGAUCAUGUCGAACGGUCUACUGGACCCAGAUUCGCUGCUCACGCCCGUCGACGUGUUGAAUGGGCUUAACAGUCCUAAUCCCAGUGCGAAUGGGUUGAACGGAACACCGACCAGGAAAGAUUCGUUGGGUGAGGAAGGUGGGGGACAGCAGCAAGGGGGCGAUGGGGGUGUUGUCAAGGCGAAUAAGGGGAUGAUUUUGAGGAAGAGUGUUGAGUAUAUUAGAUACCUCCAACAACUCGUAACAGCACAAGGCGCCCGGAACUGCGAGCUCGAACAAGAGCUGAAAGCCUACCAAUGCAGAUCGCGCAGCUCCUCCAGCAUGGAACCACUGCUUUCGGACUCGGCUCCAGCGGCUGGGGGUGACGGUAGCAAUAUGAUCCUCCACGACGAGCUUCACCACUUCCAUCAUGGGCAUGGACAUAUGGAGAGACUGCCGAGCAUGCCAGAGGAGGGUGGGGACGACGGGGAUGAUCUUAUGAUGGGGCUUGAGGAUGACAUGGGGAUGGGGAUGAAGGGGAGUUUGAGCCCUGAUUCGACGGAGGGUGAACGGGAGGAGCGGGGUGGGGAGGGGUUGGUGGAGGAGAGGGGGAGGACAAGGGGUGUUAGGGGGUUGAAGGCUGAGGUGCAGAGUGAUGAUUUGUUGUUGGGGAUGUGAAGCUCAUUUUCUCUUUUUCUCGCAUCCUGGUGGAUAUGCUUUGCCUUUUUUUCUCCUUCUUAUUUCGUUGUGCGGUUCCCUCCUGGCUUUGGUGCUUUGAACCUUCCCCCCACUCCCCCUUUUUUCGUGAUGGCGAU